UUUAGCUUAUUGCACCAGUGUAGCAGUGACGAUAUUAAGUUGGUGCAGCUGAAAAGAACAGACCAUAGGACUCUAGUUUCACGUGUAGACCUGACGCUUGACGUAUACCAAACAAUGUAAUAACACAGUGGAAACAUUUCAAGCAGUAUUACGUAGCAUUUCACAACAUUCUGUUAAAAAAAAAACCAGGAGAAUAUAACAUAUCUACGUGUUAACUAUAUGCAAAAAUGGCUGCCAUACAUCGAGAAGCGAUACAAAAACAGAUUCAACAGGACUGGGCUAAUCGUGAAUAUAUAGAAGUUAUUACCGGCAGUAUUAAGAAGAUUACAGAUUUCCUUAACUCUUUUGAUAUGUCUUGCAGAUCAAGGAUAGCGGUUCUCAAUGAAAAAUUGACUACUCUUGAACGUAGGAUUGAGUAUCUCGAAGCAUGCGUCACAAAGGGUGAGACAUUGACAUAAGUCCUUUAAUGACAUGAUACAACCAUUGUUUCUCUUUGUAAUCCCUUUUUAUUUUUCUCUCUGUACUAGAACCUGAAUAAAUACACAUGAUGAAAGCAGA